CGCACUCAAUUCAUAUGUAGUUGUUGUGUUUUUAUCAACAAUGUUACAGCAAGUACAAAUAAUUUGCAUUCGUUUUCAAAUUUAGAAAAACAUAAGUUGGGAUAAACAGAUUAUGUAAAAUAAUAUAGUCUUUUAGAAAUUGGAAUUGAUUAAAAUGACUAGGAAAAGGGCUUGUAUAGUUGUUUUGGGUGAUAUUGGACGCAGCCCUCGAAUGCAGUAUCACGCUCAAAGUUUACUGCAAGAAAAUUUCAAUGUAGAAAUUAUAGGAUAUUCUGAGACACAAAUCCUAGAUUGUUUAUCAUCUUCAACAAAUCAAGUUAAAAUUCAUGGACUAACACAAUUUCCAGAGAUAAAUUUACCAUCAACAUUAAAAUAUUUUUUUAAAAGUAUUUGGCAAUCCCUAAGUUUAUUAAUUGCCUUGAUCUCAAUUACCCGACCAAACUUUAUACUAGUACAAAACCCACCUGGCGUUCCAACUUUAGUAGUUGUAUGGCUAUAUUGUACUCUUACUAGAACUCAUUUUGUUAUAGAUUGGCAUAAUUACACUCAUAGCAUUUUAGCAAUAGGUGUUCCAAGCAAAAACAAUUUUACAAUUCGUUUAGCGAAAUGGAUAGAAAGGAAAUUCGGUGCAAAAUCUUCAGCAAAUUUUUGUGUAACAAAGGCUAUGAAGGAGGAUUUAAGGAAAAAUUUUGAAAUAAAUGCAACCGUAUUAUAUGAUCGAGCGCCUUUACAAUUUCAACCUAUUAGUUUGAAAGAUAAGCACAAAUUGUUUAUGAAAAUGUCGGAAAGUUACCCAGAGUUUUUAGCAAAAGAUGGACGAGAUUUUCAAGAAUACGGUGUGCUAGAGUCGACCGCAUUAACACAAAAAUUUACGGAUGGAUCGAUAACUUACAAAACAGAUAGACCAGCAAUUAUUGUGUCUAGUACAAGCUGGACUCCUGACGAAGACUUUGGAGUUUUACUUGAAGCACUCGAAGAAUAUGAAAAUUCUACAAAAUAUUCCGCUGCUUUUCCUAAAUUGCUUUGCAUAAUAACUGGCAAAGGACCACAAAAAGAUUUUUAUAUUGAAAAAAUAUCGAAAAUGUCCUUAAGUAAAAUAUCAAUUAUUACGCCUUGGCUAGAAAUGGAUGAUUACCCGAAAGUGCUCGCAUCUGCAGAUUUAGGAAUUUGUUUACACUGGAGCUCAAGUGGUUUAGAUUUACCGAUGAAAGUGGUUGACAUGUUUGGUUGCGGCUUGCCAGUUUGCGCAAUAAAUUUUAAUUGUUUGAACGAAUUAGUUGUUGACGGAGAAAACGGAUUUAUUUUUGAAAAUUCAAAAGAACUUUCCGAUCAAUUAAAGAUGUGGUUUGAAAAAUUUCCAAAUAAUUUCAGUUUGAUAAAUACAAAAGAAAUUUUUGUGAGAAACUUAAAGGAAUUUCAAUCGCUUCGUUGGAAAGAAAACUGGAAGCUUAACGCUUGGCCAGUGUUAAAUUCACUUUCUGCAGACUAGAAUAUCAAAUCUUGAUUGAGCUCUUUGUGGUUAUUUCAUGGUGAAAUAUUGAUUAGUAUAUUUAAAUAGAAUUUAAUCGUGUUUUGUGCUAUUCUUAAAUUAUGUACAUAAAUGAAAUUUCAAAUUUACCUUGUACUGGAAUGCUUUGUAAUAGAUUUGCUUCACUUUUAAA